AUCGUCCACUUCUUCUCUCACCUCUCUUCUUUUUCUCACCAUCUUCAUCUUCUCUUUGUCAUGACCGGUGUUUGUCAUCUUUAUAGAUGGCAUCACCCAGCAGAUGUCUAUGAACGAGUCUCACCCCGUUAGAGGACUAGGUUCGGCAAUCCGAAAUCUGUUCCGCUCCUCUUCUCCCCCUCCCCCGCGACGUCGCGUCUCGCGUCUAUUACGUCGAAGUCGUACGGUGCUGAGCAAGUAUGUUUUUACGUUUUCUUUUAUAUACUCUGUCAUCUUUUGUCUGGUUUUAAACCUUACGCAAUUUCCUGUUUGGCACCCAAUGCGUUGACUUGUGUUUCAGAGUCAAUGCUGCGCCGCAUUUUGCCCGAUUCCUUCUACCCACCUACGCACUCGAAAAAGCAGGCAGCCCGUGCAACCGGGCCACCAAGCGCCUCUCCCGAUCCAGAUACGACGGCGAUGUUAGGACUCUCCGAGCUCCCACAAAAUGCCAAUGGCGAAAAUUUUGAUAUUCUCGAAUGGUAUCCGCACUAUCAAAACUGCCAGCGUUACUUCUUAGACCAUGCCCAGCACAGCAGCCCUGUUCAAGCGGUUUCUGCCUACGUGAACAUACUACUUCCAUUUCAACGACAACCCUAUCCAGUGUUCAGUGCCACUGCGAGGACUCCUUCAAGUACGGACGCCGAGUUGACUUCGGGAUCUUCGUCGACGUCGAAUACACCACCCCCAGUUUCUCUAUUACCGUAUGUCCGUCGCCUCGUGGCAACAGGAAUGGAUUACCCGGGGAUGCUCCAUGGUUUCUUUGGUGAUGACUGGCAAUCCGGGAUAGGCCCGUUACACGAAAAGGAGCGCUGUAACUAUCUUCUCGCGGCAAGGAGUGGAGGAUGGGCUGUGGUGAAAAGCGAAUACGACAUUUCCCCGCACGAGACGAUCCCCUUUCUCCGGCCCCUCCAAGGACCCCUGGAAGAAGAGGUUGUGACGGCCUACAGAAGUUGGAGUGAGUGGCUUCUCUUGAGAGACUGGGAAAUUGGACCUCGAGCGCCAGACGGUUUACAAGAUUCGUCCUCUCAAUCCUCACCACCGCCUAGCGCACAGGAAUGA